AUGGCCGGGGCGUGGGGCGCGCCGGGCGGGCCCCCCAAGGGCAACGGCAGCGCGCUGCUCAACGCCUCUCAGCGGGCGGCGGGCGGCGGGGAGGGCGCCGCGGGGCCGCGCCCCCCGUGGGUGGCCUGCACGCUCGCCGUGGUCCUCAUCUUCACCAUCGUGGUGGACGUCCUGGGCAGCCUCCUGGUCAUCCUGUCCGUGCAUCGGAACAAGAAGCUGAGGAACGCAGGAAAUAUAUUUGUGGUGAGCCUUGCAGUUGCAGACCUGGUGGUGGCUGUUUAUCCAUACCCCCUGGUGCUGACAUCUAUAUUUAACAAUGGAUGGAAUCUGGGCUAUCUGCACUGCCAAAUCAGUGGCUUCGUGAUGGGCCUGAGUGUCAUCGGCUCCAUAUUCAAUAUCACUGGAAUUGCCAUUAACCGCUAUUGCUACAUCUGCCACAGUCUCAAGUAUGACAAGCUGUACAGUAACAAGAAUUCCCUCUGCUACGUGUUCCUGAUAUGGAUGCUGACGCUGGUGGCAGUCAUGCCCAACUUGCGCACUGGAACCCUGCAAUAUGACCCAAGGAUCUACUCCUGCACAUUCGCACAGUCUAUCAGUUCAGCAUACACGAUAGCUGUAGUGGUUUUCCAUUUCAUAGUUCCUAUGACCAUAGUCAUCUUCUGUUACCUGAGAAUAUGGAUCCUGGUUCUUCAGGUCAGACGGAGGGUGAAACCUGACAGUAAACCCAAAAUGAAACCACAGGACUUCAGGAAUUUUAUCACCAUGUUUGUGGUUUUUGUACUUUUUGCCAUUUGCUGGGCUCCUCUAAAUUUUAUUGGUCUCGCUGUGGCUUCAAACCCUGACAGCAUGGGACCCAGGAUCCCAGAGUGGCUAUUUGUGGCCAGUUACUAUAUGGCAUAUUUCAACAGCUGUCUCAAUGCAAUUAUAUAUGGACUACUGAAUCAAAAUUUCAGAAAGGAAUACAGAAGGAUUAUAGUCUCACUGUGUACAGCCAGAAUGUUCUUUGUGGAUAGUUCUAAUGAUGUAGCACAUAGGGUUAACUGCAAACCCUCUCCAUUAAUGGCCGACAAUAACCUAAUAAAAGUGGACUCUGUUUAA